AUGCGCAAGGCGUUUAAUGUGCAAAUGAGUUUCGGGAAGGCUCUCCUUCGCAUGCUUUUCGGCUCUCCCCAACGGCUGCCUCUCACUCAGCCCCAAACACGAGGAGAUCCGCUUUACACUGGCUAUUGGGCCGCGUUCAGAAGCCGCCGAAAGUUGGUUUACAUGUAAUUGGUUGCUUUGUCCGAUUGUCUUUGGUCCCCAAUUUGAAAUCUGAUGGGAUUUCGGACAACCAUAUUUAGUUGUAACUUUUGAUGAGCUUUGAGCUAUGGAAAUAAUGGGAAAAAUCUCAGUGGCCUGGUUGAACUUUGAUCAUGUCUUCGAAAGAAACGGUCAGAAUUUCUGGAUUUCAGAGUUCAUCUUCUUAUUUAAAUUUUUUUCCGAGUGUUUGAAAGCUUUUAAAAAUGUCAAAAAUGUCUUUUAGGCUGUCAAAACCCUUUCGAAGAGAUUUCAAAACUUUGUUUGUUUUAUUUUUUUGAAGGCGACAAAAUUCCAUAAUUUAUGUUUUUUUUUUCAAAGCUUCGAUGUUUUUCCUGGCAUUUUAUGACUUCGAAGUUGAAUAAAAAACACUUGAAAGAAAUUGAAAAAAGUAGGUUUUCUGUUCCGCGUUAUCCUCUUAAUUAGAACUCAGAUGAAAUGCCUUUAUAAGGAUGAAUUUCUACGCAAUCAUCAAAGCUUCAAAUUUACUUUGACUCGAUGAACUUUGAUUUUUGCGCUUCCAAAGUUUUCCGAGUCUUUAAUCCUUCAUCAAUUUUUUUUCUUUAAGUUCAUAUCCAAACAAACUUUGACGUUUUGAACUUCAUCAAAAACCCAUCAACGUUCGCAAAAACUCUCUUUCCCAAAUUAAUCUGAGAGAAUUUUUUGAGGUUUCAAACUUGAUUAAAACCAUUUUUCCAAAGUUCAGAUCUUUUCCAGCACAAUAAUGCUAAAUUAACUUCAUCAUUUGGAGUUUUUCUUGUUUCUUGAAGCAUAAUUAUCGUUCAUCUAAAUCUCACUCAAUUCCUCAACAAGAUUGACAAAUGGCCAGUUCAAAGUCCAAUUGCAUCGUAUCACAUUUCUGCACGGCUUUUUCUCAUGCGAGAAAUGUUUAGCGGCUUUUUUUUCCAAAAUUUCGCUUGAAAUCCAAAUGUUUCUGAUUUCUCCUUUAUAGAGAUCUCAAAUGGUUUUGAGCUUUCCCACUGAGAUUGAAAAUUCUUUUCUAAAUUUUCGAACGGACUUUUUCAAAACCACACUUGAAAUUUGAAUUUUCCAGAUUCAAUGGCUUCAAAAAAAUUAUUUUUGAAAUAAACAAAACUAUAUUUUUUUCUACGUCUUCAGAAUAAUUUCAGCAAAAAUAUUUCCAUAGGAGAAGGCGUUUAUGAACCAUCUGCACGAAUUUUUGACCUUCAAAAAGCCGAAAAGAGUAAUAAAACAGGUCAUCGGCCUUCUUCCAAAACUGAAGGCGAACCCUUGACAGUUUUUUUGUCUUUUUUUGUGAUAUGAAUGGUUAGAAAAGUUCCCGAAUGAGUUCGAGCUUCGAAAAUCAAACCAAAAAAACCGAAUUUAAAAAAAUCAUUGUUUUAUGGUCUUGUUAUGAAUACUUUUUUUGUCGUUUUAUGUUCUUAAAUACUGUUCAAAUUGAAUUUUGAAAUUCAUAACUGGUUCUUCUACUUGUUUCCGAAAAUUCACAGUCAAGAAGGAAGGUAGUUUUACUCAUAAUCUUGCAUUUUGCUGAGAAGAGGCUCGCGGCCCGGAUGAAGAUAGUUGCAGAGGGAAUUCUUGAAUUUUGGAGAUUUUUUAAAAAUUCAUUUGCAACUUGGCCAUGCUAUUUAUAAAAAUCCCGUCUUAAAAAAAAACCCAAACUGCCUGAGGAUUUCCUCCAAGCUUCAGAGAUUCUUGGGACAUUUGAGAACAUUUCAAACCUUGACCGAAAUGAUUUUCCCUGUUGAAAAACUUCUGAAAAAGACGAUUUUGGACUAUUUUUGAAUCGGAAAAAAAGCCGAAACAGACUCGCAAUGCCUUUUUGCCGUGAAAUCGACAGACCGCUUUGGUAGGAUAUUCACGGCACGGAGUUGAACGGAGAAUGCGUUUGUGACCUCUUGGAGGUCACGCGUGGCCUCCCUUCGCCUCUCAUUUCCACAUUCGCCUCGUUCUCAAGAGCAGUUCUCGCAGCGAUUCUCUGGUUUGUAUUAAUGAUUACAGGCGCGCCGACAACCAACUGACAGUUUUAUUUGUCUUAUUCGUUCAUUCAUUUCAUGGAAGUUUCUGAAGCAAGAAAUCUCGACCGAAUUUGCCAUUUGAAGUCUCCUUGGAAUUGCUUUUCGGCACGGAUUUGACUGAGUAGGUGUUGUUGUUUUUCAGCCGCCUUCCCCCAUUUGCUUUUGACCCAAAAACACGCGUUAUUCGAUUUUCCCUUUCUAUUUUUUGCUAAAUAACUAGAGCUGAAGUCGUAUAGAGCUUCAAGAAAAAAUAAUUUACCGAGAAACUUAAAAAAUUCUAGGAAUAAGAUCGUAUAGUGCAGUAUUUUUUAAGUUCUCAAAAUACUGUGAAAAUUGGAAAUUUCUCUUGUCUGCAAUUUUCCUAUUUUUCGGGUAUGAGUGUCAAGGUUUGGCGGCUGAGCUCUCAAAGCGUAUGUUCUUUGAAACUAGGAAGUCUUGCAGGUUGAGGCUUCAAAGAUCCUUAUCCAAUGCAUGA